GUGUGUGUGUGAGAGAGAGUUUGGGGUGUAUUCACUGCGCAGGCAAAAUUCGAGUCUGCCACCCCCUCGUAGGUGCACAGAGGAGCCUGGGCCAGAGAAGGCAGUCUGUGCUGCUCGAGGUAACAGCUGCAGCAGUGCACUGUGCGAGGGCCCCUGCCCUCUGUGACGAUUCAGCAUGGGGAAGGAGAAGAUCCACAUCAAUAUCGUAGUCAUCGGCCAUGUGGACUCAGGCAAGUCCACCACCACUGGCCACCUCAUCUACAAGUGCGGAGGCAUCGACAAGCGGACCAUUGAGAAAUUUGAGAAGGAGGCAGCUGAGAUGGGAAAGGGAUCCUUCAAGUAUGCUUGGGUCCUGGACAAACUGAAGGCCGAGAGGGAGAGGGGCAUCACCAUUGAUAUCUCGCUCUGGAAGUUUGAGACCAACAAAUACUACAUCACCAUCAUCGAUGCCCCUGGACACAGGGAUUUCAUCAAGAAUAUGAUCACUGGAACCUCACAGGCUGACUGUGCAGUGCUGAUCGUGGCAGCUGGGGUGGGCGAGUUUGAGGCGGGUAUCUCCAAGAACGGCCAGACCCGCGAACACGCCCUGCUGGCCUACACGCUGGGCGUCAAGCAGCUGAUCGUGGCGGUCAACAAGAUGGACUCCACCGAGCCGCCCUACAGCGAGAAGCGCUACGAGGAGAUCGUCAAAGAGGUCAGCGCCUACAUCAAGAAGAUCGGCUACAGCCCCGCCGGAGUGCCCUUUGUGCCCAUCUCUGGUUGGCAUGGGGACAACAUGCUGGAACCUUCCUCCAAUAUGCCCUGGUUCAAAGGCUGGAAGCUGGACCGAAAGGAGCACCAUGCGAGUGGGGUGACCCUACUGGAGGCUCUGGACACCAUCAUGCCCCCGUCUCGCCCCACUGACAAACCCCUGCGUCUGCCCCUGCAGGACGUCUAUAAGAUAGGGGGUAUUGGCACUGUGCCGGUGGGCCGAGUGGAGACUGGAGUCCUGAAGCCAGGCAUGGUGGUGACCUUUGCCCCGGUGAACAUCACCACUGAGGUCAAGUCUGUGGAGAUGCACCACGAGACUCUGAGUGAAGCGCUGCCCGGCGAUAAUGUGGGCUUCAACGUGAAGAACGUGUCCGUGAAGGAUAUUCGCCGUGGCAACGUCUGUGGGGACAGCAAGGUUGACCCCCCUCAGGAAGCCUCAGGCUUCAUUGCCCAGGUCAUCAUCCUGAACCACCCUGGCCAGAUCAGUGCUGGCUACUCUCCGGUCAUCGACUGCCACACAGCUCACAUCGCGUGCAAGUUUGCCGAGCUUAGGGAGAAGAUCGACCGGCGCUCAGGCAAGAAGCUGGAGGACAACCCCAAGACCCUCAAGUCCGGGGAUGCCGCCAUCGUGGAGAUGCUACCUGGCAAGCCCAUGUGUGUGGAAAGCUUCUCCCAGUACCCUCCUCUGGGGCGCUUCGCUGUCAGAGACAUGCGUCAGACUGUUGCAGUGGGCGUCAUCAAAAGUGUGGAGAAGAAGGUUGGUGGCUCGGGCCGGGUGACCAAGUCUGCCCAGAAAGCUCAGAAGGUCACCAAAUGAGCACCUGGAACGAGCGCACCACCAAGGCAAACGCCAACCAAGACAACAAGCAGACGUGCCACCAUGCUAACCAUUAGCCUAGCCACAGUCCCUCUACUUCUGCCUUCCGAUCACCCUCUCUACUGGGUGUGUCCCAAAUCCCUCCCCCCUCUUCUGCUUAUGUGCUUGCAGCACCUGGAUGGGUGGAUGGGUCUUAACCAGACAGAGAGCAAUGAGCAUGCCCAAUAUUUUAUCUGAGCUGUCUGCGAGUGUCUGUCGUUUAACUGGCCCUGCCACUCUGCUUUUGC